AUGGCCUUCCUUCUCUUCGGGUAUAAUCCUGUUCCUGACGCCACUCCCCAGAAAGCUCCGACAAAGACGACGCAUGGAGAAUCUGCGAAACACACAGAGGUUGGAUCACACGGCGUCAGCAUUCACCCGCCGAGAUGGCUCACAAUCAGGAACUUCAUCUACCUCGUCAUCCUAGGCUUGGUUACAACCGGUGUUGUCUUUCUGGCGGACUACAUCCGAACCCGGACAGGUCACGAAGCGUUCAUUGAUCAUUCCGUGCAACUUUUCUCGCCAGGCACCCCGACUGACGGGGGUUCCAAACCACAGUAUAUGGAGGUAGAAAAGACAUCUGGAAGGCAUUUCACUAGAAGUUCGACGGCAGCUACCACGAGCACGGCUGCAUUCGACGACACGGGUCUCGAGAUCGUCUUUCUGGUUACUGCCGGUACAAGCCUAGUCCUUGUUGAACUGCUCUGUUGA